AAAAUCAACUAGAUAUUUAUAACUAGGAUCGAUAUCAAGAGUUUUUAGUUUCGCCUCUCGCUUCCGCUUGGUGCGCUAACAUCAUUAAAGAAUGACGUUUGAUCUCUUAUUACAAACAUUUCAUGCCGUUUACUGGAGCCGCGUUUAAAUUGCCGUACGCGCCACUCUGUUCAACGAUGGCAGAUUUUAACGAUGGAGUGGACGGAAAACUGGCGUUUAGGAUGCGGAAAGUUAAUUCGGAACAAUUUCACACGCUCGUGAGAAUGCACCUGUCCUUCGAAUUGGAUCUUAAUACGGAGGACAGUGACAGUACUAUUGAAAAAGCGAGAUUAAAAAAGUGGGGUCUUUUGAGCUUUGCCAAAAAGUCCAAGUCUUCAGGUAGUUUAGAGAAGGGUGCAGAAGGUGUUACCUUAACUGAGGAUGGUAUCAAUCACGUAACGCAGUUGAUAGAUUAUUUAUCCAUAGAAGAAAAUAUCACACAGGAAGGAAUAUUUCGACGUACUGGAAAAUUGACGAGGCAGCAGGACUUGAAGACAGCCAUGUCCCAGGGUGUGUCUCUAAAUCUCGAUGAUGGUCGAUUUAGUGUGCAUGAUUGUGCCUCUGUGUUGAAAGGAUUCUUGUCAGAGCUAUCGGAACCGCUCCUGACGGAUUUGCAUUAUCCAGCACAUUGCCAGAUAGCUGAGUUAUGCAGCUUGGAUGCGAAGAUGCACGACACAAGAUUAUUGAGUUCUUUGCAACUGCUCCUCCUGCUUUUGCCACCUCCUAACAGAAUCUUGCUGAAGGCCAUUCUUACCCUGCUGAACAAAACGGCGAGCUACGAGCACAGUAACAAAAUGAACAGCGACACGCUGGCCACUCUCUUCACGCCGCACCUACUGUGUCCACGAAAACUCUCACCCGAAGCACUGCACAUCAAUUCCCAGAAUCUAUCGUGUCUGGUUGCAUUCAUGAUCAGGAAGGGCACGGAAUUAUUUGAGAUUCCAGCAAAAUUGGCUACGGAUAUAAGAGCGUACUGGGUGGAGCAGGAAAGGAAAUUGUUGAGUCCGAAGAAAACCGACCUGAACGAAUCUGUGCCGGAUACGACCGGUACGGCCCACACUGUAUUCAGUUUCGUCGAUCGUAACUUGACGGCAAAGGCAAACUCUACGCAGGAUACACAGGCAGCUCUGGCUCAGCUGUACGCGCACAUACAGGCUAUGCCGGAAUCGGCCAAGAAACGGCGACUCGUGAAACAGUUCAAUAAGGAGAACGGUCAGGGUACACCUCGGCACGUGAAAAAUUGCAAAACCAAAAGUCUCGGCGAUUCCAUCAAGAAGCACAUCUUCCAAAAGAAGAUCUUGGGUCACAAGAAGUUUGUCGACAUCAAUAUUGGAUGUAACAUCACCAGAUCGAACAGCGAAGAGAAUAUAUUGUCAACGAAACUAGAGGAGUCGUUGCUCCCAACGAGAGCGCUUCUCAGCAAGUCAAACGACGAACUUAGCACGGAAAACUGUGAUACGAUCUCCAAUAACGAUCUCCUGUGCACCAAACACAUGAGCAAUAGUGUAGAUAGCCUUAAGAACGAGACCCCGACGAGCUGUAGUACAGUGAAGAGGAAACUCCGUACACAGUCGAAGAGAGAGAAGUUUGACGAGCGCAGUCUGCAACGUGACGCGAAACAGAGCUUAGGUUCGAUGGAACUCAGUUCGAACGCAAGUUUGCGAGACGUUGACGUGGUGACUGCUUGCAACGACAGUCAGUGCGAUUCCGGUAAACUGAUGCGGCAACUCAGCGAGCCGCUCGACGUAUACUCCGCUCACGAUACGAUCGACGGUGAUGAUUCGUUGACGAAGGAUAGCGAAUUAGUCCGGCAAAACUCGGAGCCUACGCUCGCACUCGUCGCGAUGCCAAACGUACAAACCUCUUCCUCGAAGGCCUCAGACACGUUGAACGUAAAACCAUCCGAGACCGCCUCGAACGUCGAGUCGCAUGCCGAAGCCGCGUGUGCGCACAAUAUGCAGUCGCCGAUAGUAAAAAAUAGAUUUAUAAACGUGUACUCCGUUCAUACAUCGACGCCAUCGAGCUUGCUGCGACGAAGCUUGGCUACUAAUGACUAUAUCCUAACUCCUAUUACUAACAACGAUAAAAGCAUGAGUCCGAUCACCCAGAGCGCGACGAAAAUGACUAAAGCUAUGCAGGAAACGAUGAUGACUCCACGCUCCCGGAAGCCAGUUAUGAUAGUCUCAACGUCGAAUCUUUGCAAUCUCGUCACCGGCAACGAUUGCAAUCAGCAUAACACGCCGAACAACUUUUGUGGGUCCAAUUUAGACAUGGUCGGUGCAAUAAGUUGCGCUUCCAUCUUGGAAGAAUCUCAGACGUACAACAGUACAGGAAACGCACUGCCUCACGCAAAGGAUGCUGAGAAUAAAGAGAACAAUAAGUUAAACACGCUCGAGAAACACAACUGUAUCUCUUCGUUCGUCACUAAUUGUUGCGCUUGUACGCAACAAAGUUCGGCGUCGAUAACGAGCACGUUCAGGGAGUACUUGUUGUCGCGAAGCGUUUUAACAGCCAGUCCCGUUGAUCUCAGUUUCACGUCGCGAACAGGAGACUUCGAGCAAUCGGAGUCUGAUUUGAACAUCUUGAACGACGAUACGCUGUCCGACAGCUUACUAUGCUGUUUAGACGGUAACCAACCCGAGUCUGACACUUCCGGCAUAGCGUCUGGCAGCACGAAUAGCGCGAAUAAUUCCACCGAAAAAACGGAGGAAUCCUCCUCUUCGAGAAAACGAGGGACUAGUCUGCAACGAAACGAUUCUAAGAGAUCCGCCAGAGAGAGCGCAAUUAAUGCCUCGAGAGACGAGGAGCUCAAGCAGAAGCCGCAAAAUGAAUCGAUUCUAAACCCGUCAGAGAUGAAGGACAGCUUCCAGGAGACAUCAUUUUAAUUUCGUUCGAGAUUCGUUAGUUGUUAACAUUAACGUAGCGUUGAGUUUAAAUAAGUUUCUAUAUCUUCGAUACUUUAAAAGAAAAGAACUGCCACAUUAAUUUAAGAGUGCACAUCGAUAUGGCCCUGGACAGUCUUGUUGCAAGUAUAAACUUUCUUGAUUUUCCGCUACUAGUUCGAUCGCUUAUAUUCCACUUGUAGAGACUGAAACUUUAUUAUACGGAUAUAAUGAAA